ACCUCCCAAAGUUUGACAGUGGCCAAGAACAAAUUAAAAUGUCAGAAGUCCAGGAAUGUAUUUCACAUAACUAGCCACAAAAACUCCAAGGCUAAAAACAAGGCAAAACCAGGUAUUACUCAUCUUAAGAUGAUAAAUGUUAUGAAGGAUGAAAAAGUUAACAGAAUGAACAAGACUUUUGUAAAUAUACAGAAGGAACUUGUAAACUUCUCAAAAAGUCUUUCUCUUAAGUCUAAGCAGAAGGAGCCGUGGCCUCAUGAAAGAGAACCAGCUAAUGUUGAUAAAGCAGCAAGACUGAUUGUAACAAAUGCACUUUUUGCAUUGCAGGGCAGCAUUUCGUGGGAAAACGAUGCCUACCACGGGGAAAGACAUACCAGGACGUUCUGA